AUGUUAUGCUCGUUUCAAACCUGCUACCUUCAGUGCAUGAUCCCGAUCGUUGAUGAGGUCUGUGUGCCCGACAUGGCUCAAAAAACAGUAGAUUUGGUGCGAUCUUUUAUCCAGUGGCAUGCUACUGAUAUCUCAGAUUGGCAUGCAGUAGCGGGGAGAUUUGAAGAAUUGCCGGAAAGCUGUCGUCAAUUAGCCGACUCACAGCCAGAUCCAGCAUUACAGUUGAUAAAUCGAGAUUAG